UUCUCAAUUUUAUUAGAUGACAAGUGCGACCUUGCCUUCUCAAUAGAAAAUUAUAAACAAGAAGAAUCUUCGUCUGAUUUUGGGUGCGUUAUUAUUAUUAUUUUUCUGAUGAGAUUCUAGGGUUUGGGUUUUCCUGUUGUUUAGCUUACUCCAAGAAUCCCGAGACACAGAGAAGCAAAAGGAGAAGACUUAAAAGUCCAAAGGGUGUUCACAUUUUCGAUCCAGAGGUUAAUAUGAGUGUGAUUGAAUUCUGCAACAUUUCUUCCUUUUGCUUGACAAAAUCCAAUACCAAUCAUCACCAAUUUGUGGUAUCAAGGAAACCCAUUUACUCAUUUGGAGGGAACUGCCCGAGAACCAUUGCAAUGGCCUCUACUGUACCUGUACAACCACAUGCCAAUCAAGGAAAAAGGUUGACAGGCGACUCAUUCAUCCGGCCCCAUUUGAGGGAAUUGGCUCCCUAUCAGCCGAUUUUGCCUUUUGAGGUCUUGUCAGCCCAACUAGGAAGAAAGCCUGAGGAUAUCAUCAAGUUAGAUGCUAAUGAGAAUCCCUAUGGUCCACCUCCGGAGGUUUUUGAACCAUUGGGCAGUUUAAAGUUUCCAUACAUAUAUCCUGACCCUGAAAGCCGACAGUUACGUGCUGCACUCACUGAAGAUUCAUGGCUUGAAUCUGAUUAUAUUCUUGCAUGCUGUGGUUGCGACGAACUUAUACAUCUGAUCAUGCGAUGUGUACUGGAGCCGGGUGACAAGAUCAUAGAUUGCCCUCCUACCUUCUCAAUGUAUGCAUUUGAUGCUGCUGUUAAUGGGGCACAUGUCGUCAAAGUUCGAAGGAAGUCAGAUUUCAACUUGGAUGUGGAACUCAUUGCUGAGGUGGUUGAAAAGGAGAAGCCAAAGUGCAUAUUUCUAACGUCUCCAAAUAAUCCGGAUGGAAGCAUCAUUAAUGAUGAAGUUCUAUUGAAGAUCCUUGAGAUGCCUAUACUAGUUGUGCUAGACGAGGCAUAUAUUGAAUUUUCAGGGACUGAAUCUAGGAUGAAAUGGGUGAAAAAGUAUGACAAUUUGAUUGUUCUACGAACCUUUAGCAAAAGAGCUGGUCUGGCUGGACUUCGUGUUGGAUAUGGUGCAUUUCCGCUGAGCAUAAUCAAGUAUCUAUGGAGAGCAAAACAGCCAUAUAAUGUCUCUGUUGCUGCAGAAGUCGCUGCAUUGGCAGCCUUGCAGAAUCCCACUUAUCUGAAGGAGGUUAAAGAUGCUUUGGUGCAAGAGCGAAAUAGGCUCUUUAAACUUUUGAAGGAAGUACCAUUUCUUGUCCCAUAUCCGAGCUAUUCUAAUUUCAUUCUCUGUGAGGUUACAUCUGGAAUUGAUGCUAAGAAGCUGAAGGAUGAUCUUGCCAAAAAAGGCGUGAUGGUGCGGCACUAUAAUAGCAAAGAGUUGAAAGGUUAUAUUCGCAUAUCAGCAGGGAAGCCGGAACACACUGAUAUCUUGAUGGAGUGCCUUAGGUGUCUCUUUUGAUUCAUCGCGCUGAUUUAUUUGUUACAUAGUGAUCAAGGCAAAGGGUUUUUGAGCUGCUAUAUCCUGUUAAAAGGAAGUACUUUUGAGGGGAUUCUUUUGUAUGGCGAACGAUGUUUAAAUGCUCUAAACUGAUUAAUUGCUGUUAUUUAUAUCGACGUGCUUUUGCUGUAGAAGAAAAUGAUAAUGUUUAGAUCAAUUGAACCUGAUUUGAUUUCA